GAGCAUCGCAGUUCAGAUUUGGAAUAGACGAAGCAACAAAAUGUUCUCCCGCUACUUUUUGACCUUCUUGCUGGUCGCCCUGGUGGCAGCCGUCGCCAGUGCUAGCGCCGAUAACCAAGUGUCCGAAGCCGAAUUCGACGAAGCCAAGUACGAACUGGAAGUCCGCUCCAAAAUCGGCGACAAAGUCCUGAAGAUCCUCAAGAGCUUCUUCAAGCACGCCACCGAGGACUGUCUCAAAUCCGCCGUCAACAAGUGCAAGAAGCACUGGUACAAUCCCUCCAAAGUUAUUCAGUGCGCCAAGGACUUCUUCAGUAUCGAGAACAUAGGAUGCCUGGUCGGUGCUCAAGCGGAAUACGAACCCGUGGAAUUCGAGCUCGAAUACGAUGAAGCCGAGUACGCUGAACUUGAAAUCGAAGUUCGCUCUAAAAUCGGCGACAAAGUCCUGAAGAUCCUCAAGAGCUUCUUCAAGCACGCCACCGAAGACUGUCUCAAAUCCGCCGUCGACAAGUGCAAGAAGCACUGGUACAACCCCUCCAAAGUCAUUCAGUGCGCUAAGGACUUCUUCAGCAUCGAAAACGUAGGAUGCCUGAUCGGUGCUCAAGCUGACAAUGAGUCUAGAAAAUUCGACCUCGAAUUCGAUGAAGCCGAGUACGCUGAACUUGAAAUCGAAGUUCGCUCCAAAAUCGGAAACAAAGUCCUGAAGAUCCUCAAGAGCUUCUUCAAGCACGCCACCGAGGACUGUCUCAAAUCCGCCGUCGACAAGUGCAAGAAGCACUGGUACAACCCCUCCAAAGUUAUUCAGUGCGCUAAGGACUUCUUCAGCAUUGAGAACGUGGGAUGUCUGGUUGGUGCUUAAGCUGAAUCGUUAAAUCAUCACCUACCUCAUGUACACCUAGCUAUAGGCAGAAAACAUAUUCAGCAUAAGCGAAAACAUAUCAGUCGAUAGUUAUACAUACAAAUCUUGUAAUCUCACUAUUGUACUCGAUAUUACUUAUAAGUUACCAUGCAGCUAUUUAUUUAAAUAAAAAAUUGUGAACCUUACAAA